AUGGCGGCAGGUAACAUUACGCUCAUUGUUGAGCCAAGAGGCAAGCCCAUCCGCAAGCUUCCCGCGGAAUUCGAGAUCUCCCUCGAUGCCAGCAGUGAAGAAUUGUACAAUGCAUUCUCCGCAGCAUCCGGCCACUCAGUCCACCGGUUGAGAAUCACCAAGGGUAGCGACCGCAGCUUGGUCCCCAACUCGAGCGCCACCAUCGACUCCACCGGUCUACGGAAUUCGAGUGUGAUUCACGUGAAAGAUCUCGGUCCCCAAAUCGCCUGGCGCACAGUCUUCAUCAUCGAAUAUCUCGGUCCCCUCCUCAUCCCCGCGCUAUUCCUGUUCCCCCUCCGCCCGCUUCUCUACUUCAACUUCGACAAGAUCCCCGCCCCCUCCGACACCCAGCUCCUAGUCUGCGCUCUGCUGAGCUUGCACUUCCUGAAGCGCGAGUUCGAGACUAUCUUCGUCCACCGCUUCAGUAGCGCAACCAUGCCCGCAACCAACAUCGUCAAGAACAGCGCUCACUACUGGAUUCUGGCCGGUUUCAACAUCGCCUACUGGGUAUUCCGUCCCGACGCCAAGGCCGCGACCGGCACCCCCAACGAGGGGCUUGUGUACGCUGGUCUUGCAAUCUUUGUCUUCGGUGAACUGGCGAACUUGAACGCCCACUAUAUCCUGCGUGGUCUGCGUCGUCCUGGUACUACUGAGCGUGGCAUUCCGUCAGGAUUUGGUUUCAGUCUGGUUACCUGCCCCAACUACUUCUUCGAGAUUCUGGCUUGGCUGGGUAUCUUCUUGGUCAGUCAGCUGAGCUGGAGUGUGAUAUUCUUCACCUUUGUGGGUGGUGCACAGAUGUGGAGCUGGGGUUGGAAGAAGGAGAAGCGCUACCGUAAGGAGUUUGGCGACAAGUACAAGAAGAAGAGGGCUGUCAUCUUCCCUGGUCUUGCUUAG